CGCGAGCGAGGUGGCCGCCGAGGUUGUGUUUCGUCCUCGGAGCAAAAGCGCGGGAAACUACGUGCUCAGGCCACUAAUAAAAAAAUAAAUAAGAUUAUUUUUUUCAAAAGUUUUACGUUCCAAAGAGUUUGUCGUGUGAUUUUUAAUUUUUGUGUCUAUGUUUACAAACUUUAAAAACUUGUGUUGUGUAUUGAAAAAAGGUCAGUUUGUGUAACUUCGAACAAAAUGAGGGAAGAUUAGAAGAGUGUAAAGAUAAGACUACGGGAGUAUUUUGAAGUGAUAAAUGAGAUGAGCGGUGAUAAAAAUAAUGGACUAAAAUUAGAUCUAACGCGCUAAUAAUAAACAAGGAACCGGCAUGUCGCAGAUAACGAGUAUCUUCUAAAGUUUUUUGAUGACUUGAAGAAAGAAACAUGGAUGCUUAUCGGAGAGAUAUCACCAUGGAUAUCAGUUGGUGGAAGAGCAGAUUCCUGCUGGUAGUCAUUGCAGCUGCUUACGUUACCACUCAAGAUAUUUCCAUGUGCUGCACGAAAGCUGAGGGGACGUGCCGAAGUGUUUGCGAAAAGAUGUCCCUUGUGCCGAUAUCAGACAACGAUAUGCGAGAAGAAAGAAUAAAAAACAUUGACAAGUUCUGCACUCCUCGAUUGACGGACUUCUGGAUAUGCAUGAACCACACGAUUGAAGAGGUGGUAGACAAGGUGGGCUGGUGGGGCCGCGCGUGCUGCUCUCUCGGCAACGCUGCCGGCUGCCGACACGCCUGCAUGAAGGCUGGCAGCGAGCAGGACCUCGUCACCACCGGCGCCUGCAGGCAUUCUGAUGAGAUCGCCUUUUUUGACUGCGUGGCUGGACAGCGAGAGGCGCAGUGGUGCUGCGCACAGACCCACUACCUGAACUGCUAUGAAGCAUGCCACAAGGCCCUGUGGCGCGUCGGCUCCCAUGCAGACAGCGAGGCGCGGGAGCAAGCUAUCGAGGCGUGUGAACAAUCUCCUGUUCUCCUGAGAUGUCUGCGGAACAUGACUUCUUCCACUGUGCACGCGGAUACUUCCAAAUACCUCCCAUGCUGCCAUGAGUCCUCCCGGCCAUCUUGUCGAACUGCCUGCGAGUCGGUUUUGCGUCGGACCGGCGAGUCGCAGGAGAUCGAGGAAGCUUUAUCGGCAGCUUGUGGCGCCCCCUCACUCCACGACAAACUAUGGCAAUGCUUCCUGAGAAACGACGCGCCGACUGACACCAAAGAUCUCAUACCCCAUGAUGUGGCUAAGCUACAUUGCUGUCAAAAAGCAAAAACAACGAACUGCCGAAAACUAUGUUUCGAAACCUUCAACACAGGCUGGCAGAGCAACUGGCAGAAAUUUUAUGGUGAAUGCUUGGGAGAUCCUCAAGAAAACGAUCUGACGGAAUGUAUUGAUGAAGUGGAAUCUCCAUGUUCACUUGGCUGUUCUGGUUUGACGUACUGCAGUCAACUGAACAACCGUCCAACUGGUCUCUUCAGGUCAUGCACAGCUCAAGCUGACCUAGAUGCACAUUUAGCAGUUGCUGAACAAAAAGGGAGUGGUUUCAUAACAGUGUCUGGACUUCACAUGCCGCUGAAGAAUUCCAGUCAGUGCCCCACCGAUGUUUGGAAGAGCGUCGCUUGUGCGUUGCACGUGAAGCCAUGUACAGCUAAGGGGCAUAGCAGCCUUCUCUGCGAAGAAGACUGCAUGCGGCUGGUGUCAACUUGCGUGGAGUGGUCACGUGUACCAGCACAUCUGACAGCCGCAGCGUUGUGUGCGCGUAUGACGCCACGCAGCAGCAAUGCGCCAUGCGUCCAGCUACGACAGUAUAUGACGCCCAGUACAGAACCCCCUCUGCUGUCGGCGCGGGAGGCCGUGACGUCACCAUGCGCGGGCGCGCCGUGCAACGCUUCGCAGGUGUGCGUCGUGGACAGGAACUGUCUUCGAGGUGGCGCGUGCCAGCGCUACCAGUGCUUGGAUGGCUGUCCUCUUGGCGACGGCAGCAACUACGUAGUGCCACUAGGCGCAUGGGUGCGCGUGCCGCGGCCGGGCCCGGCGCAGAAGGCGUGCUACAAAGUAUGCCGCUGCACCGGCCGCGGGCUCGCCGCCUGCCAGCCGCUACCGUGCGUGGGGCUUGACAACUGCCGCCUGUAUGACAAGGUCUUUAAACACGGCGACAAGUACUUCAUGGAGUGCAACGCGUGCGCGUGCUCAUGGGGCGAGCGAGUUUGCGCGCGGCGUGCGUGUGGUCGAGCGCGCCAGCUGACGGGGCUGCCGUGCAACUGCCCGCCGCACCACCUAAGGGUGUAUUCCGCGCACCAUUUGUACCCCAACGUGUGCCUCGCCACUUGUGCGACGGCCUCAGACGCGGAGAUCGAGUUCGGUCUGGCGCCGGCGUGCGCGCGCGCGGCUUGCGGCUGGCGCGAGGCGUGCCUGCCCGCGCCGCGCGUCUGCCUCAGCCGCCUACAGAAGGCCUGCCCGCAGCACGUCUGCGUAAACACUAGCAACUGUAACUCGCAGCCUGUACAACCAGUGUGUGAUACUGACGGAGUGACGCACGCCAAACCCUGCCGCCUGGCCAUGAGCGGCAAGCUGCUGGCCUACUGGGGGCCCUGUCUGCAGUACUGUGACCAGUUGGGAUCAGUGUGCGGUGCAAAUGGAGUCACGUAUGCCACCGAAUGUGCUGCCUGGGCUGAGUAUGUGAGCGUGGAUUACCUUGGACCUUGCCUCGCUGUCGGACCCAUUUCCGACCUCAUGGAGCCCAAGUGCCAGUUUGACAGGAUAAUCUGUCCGCCUCUCAGGAAACCAAACUGCCAAGGAUUCACUCCUCCAGGCGCAUGCUGCCCCAAAUGUGGUGGGGCACUAAGAAUCCUCUUCUCAAAGAAGCAAAUCGAACGAGCUCUCUACGGGACCAACAUUUCCUCCUCCGUUAUCAAUCUCCAGAACAUCCUCAAAGCUUUAGAAAGACACGUCAGAACAGCUGAAUGCGCUCUUAGAGGCUUCUUAACUAUUGAGACUGAAAUUUUUGUAUCCGUCGAAUCCUUGCUACAGAAUCCUACUGACUUACAAUUGGAAAUAUGUAUUCUAGAAGCAGAAAAGUUAGCAGACAUGAUCAAUAGAGAAAGUGCUUUGAUUUCUAUAGAUUUAGGACUUAGCGCUUUGUCGUAUGCGCUUACUGUGCAUACAUUCCCUACCAAAGCAGCGAGUAGUUUUACCAUAUCUAUUGUAACUAUGAUACUAUCAUGUUUCGGCAUUUAUAUUUUGAGAUGAGAGAGGGAACCAUUAAUUUGUAAAUAUUUAGUUAGAAUCGUGUACAUAAUUGUAAAUAUAGAUCAUUAUACCAAAUAUAAUAGUGCCAUUUAUAAAAUGUAGCUACCAGUAAAGAUGAGAUUAUGCUUUGGUCCGCUUUAACGUAUAAUGUUAUAAGGGCACCAUUUAAAUAUAGCUAGGAAGUUUACCAUACCAUCAUAUCAAUUGUUGUGAGUUCGUUCGUUGUGCCAUGUUUCACUCUGUUUAUAUUAGUGGUUUUAAUGUAAUUGCAUUUUUUUAUGAUUUAUGACUGAAUAGAGCAUUUUUAUAAAAGACAAUAUGAAUAGUCUUUAUAUACCAAAUAUGUAAGAAAUGUGCAUAGGAUAUUUACUUGUUACUUCUGUAUGUUUUGUUGAUCCAAUUAUAGAGAUGUUUA